AUGGCACGUUCAUCACAAAAUUUCUAUGACGGAGGUAAUGAAAGACGAAAUGAGUUCAAUUCAAAUAGUGUAUAUUCUUUUGACACUCCAAGAAGACAGAUAAACAGUCGUUUUGAAGAUGAAAAACCAAGUGCAGGUGGUACAUACCAAGCCAGAAGAGUAGAUUCAUAUGGCCGACAAUCAGAUGAUGUUCAGAAUCGGAAUCGAAUUUCAGAUGAUGUUCAGAAUCGAAAUCGAAUUUCAGAUGAUGUUCAGAAUCGGAAUCGAAUUUCAGAUGAUGUUCAGAAUCGGAAUCGAAUUUCAGACGAUGUUCAGAAUCGGAAUCGAAUUUCAGAUGAUGUUCAGAAUCGGAAUCGAAUUUCAGUUGAUUCUAAUCGUACUCAAAACUAUAACCAACAAACGAAUUCUUAUGAAAGAGGACAAGGUUCAAGCAAAGUUUAUGGUACAACAAAUCAAAGUUCUAAUAAACCACGUUCAUUAGUAUUAGAUAUUAAUAUAUCACUCAAUGCUGGUCGUGGUAAUUCGCAAGCAACAGUUAGAACAAAUGAUAUAACAACAAGAUCACAACCUAUAAAUUCAAGAGCAACAAUCGACAACGUUCGUUUUCUUGAUAUAGAUAUUCGUUCACCAGGACGUACUGCUGAAUUAAAAACAGAUGGUAUUAUACGUGAUCGAUGA